CCAAAAUCCAUCUCGUUCCAUCUUCUCCCACUGUCGGUCUGGGCUUCUUCUCAUUGCCAUAUUUGGUAGUGAGCGGAAACGCCAAGCGGAUGCUUCCCAUUUAUACAUGUGGUGAAAUAUCUGUCUCGUUAUUCUAUCUGUGGUUUGAAGUAGUCUGUUGCUGAAGAAGGAAAACAAUAUGGCGGCGGUGGAGCUAGAAUGGAUCCCUGAAACACUGUACAACACUGCUAUAUCUGCAGUGGUGGACAACUACAGUCGAUCUAGAAGGGACAUUCGCUCCCUUCCUGAAAAUAUACGGUUUGAUGUGUACUAUAAGCUAUACCAACAGGGCCAGCUAUGCCAGCUGGGAGGGGAGUUCUGUGAGCUGGAGGUUUUUGCCAAAGUUCUGCGAGCUUCUGACAAAAGACACCUGCUGCACCACUGUUUCCAGGCCCUGAUGGACCAUGGAGUGAAGGUGGCCUCCGUACUGGCCAACUCCUUCAGCCGCCGCUGCUCCUACAUUGCAGAGUCAGACGCCCACGUCAAAGAGAAGGCCAUUCAGUUCGGCUUCAUUUUAGGUGGCUUCCUGUCUGACGCAGGCUGGUACUGUGAUGCAGAGAAGGUGUUCCUGUCGUGCCUGCAGCUGUGCACGCUCCACGACGAGGUGCUGCACUGGUACCGAGCUGUGGAGUGCUGCGUCAGGCUGCUCCAUGUCCGUAAUGGGAACUGUAAAUACCAUCAGGGAGAAGAGACAUUCAAGCUGGCCCAGUCCUACAUGGACAAACUAGCCAAACAUGGCCACCAGGCCAACAAAGCAGCGCUGUAUGGAGAGCUGUGUGCCUUGCUCUUUGCCAAGAGUCACUACGAUGAGGCCUACAGGUGGUGCAUAGAAGCCAUGAAGGAGAUCACAGAGGACCUGCCUGUCAAAGUGGUGGUGGACGUCCUCAGGCAAGCCUCCAAGGCCUGUGUUGUGAAGAGGGAGUUCAGGAAAGCGGAACAGCUGAUUAAACACGCCGUCUUUCUGGCACGGGAGCAUUUUGGACAAAAGCAUCCCAAAUACUCAGACACUCUGCUGGACUAUGGCUUCUACCUACUGAACGUAGAUAACAUCUGCCAGUCAGUGGCCAUCUACCAGACGGCGUUGGACAUCAGACAGUCUGUAUUCGGGGGGAAGAACAUUCACGUGGCGACGGCUCACGAAGACCUGGCUUACUCCUCCUACGUACACCAGUACAGCUCUGGGAAAUUUGCCAACGCUCUAUUCCAUGCAGAACGUGCCAUAGACAUCAUAACUCACAUUCUCCCCGAAGACCAUCUACUCCUGGCCUCCUCCAAGAGGGUCAAAGCUCUGAUCCUGGAGGAGAUCGCCAUCGACUGCCACAACAAGGAGACAGAGGAGCGCCUGCUGCAGGAGGCCUAUGACCUGCACCUGUCCUCUCUACAGCUGGCCAAGAAAGCCUUCGGCGAGUUCAACGUCCAGACAGCCAAACACUACGGAAACCUGGGACGCCUCUACCAGUCCAUGAGGAAGUUCAAGGAGGCUGAGGAGAUGCACAUUAAAGCCAUCCAGAUCAAGGAGCAGCUUCUGGGGCAGGAGGACUAUGAGGUGGCUCUGUCUGUGGGUCAUCUGGCCUCGCUCUAUAACUAUGACAUGAACCAGUAUGAAGAUGCUGAGAGACUCUACCGACGAUCCAUCUCCAUCGGUAAGAAACUAUUCGGUGAGGGCUACAGCGGUCUGGAGUACGACUACCGGGGGCUGAUCAAACUCUACAACUCAAUAGGGAACUAUGAGAAGGUGUUUGAGUAUCACAACGUCCUGUCUAACUGGAACCGACUCCGGGAUAGGCAGUUUGCUGUGGCGGAUGCCCUAGAGGAUGUUAAUACUAGUCCCCAGCAGACACAGGAAGUGGUACAGACCUUCCUACUGGCCCAGAGCUAUGGGCCCACACGAGCCUGCCUGGGCUGAGACAUACACACACACACAGCAAGAAGCAUCCAGGAUGGGACUGGUUCACCAAAACCCUCACACCAAUCUAAGGAGCUAACUAUUUAUUUGACUUCUUUAAGAAGAGAACAGAGAUUUUCAAAAAAGACUUACGUUUCAUCAUGGAAAUUUCACAAACCGCCACCCUUCUUUUUUUUAGUUAAUUUUCUUACUUUUGCCUUUUUUUAAAUUUGGGUUUUGAUAACUGCUUUUGUAUCUGAACCAGUGUAGCUCUGACCACCAGGAGAAUACACUGUCACUCUCUGUUGGAGACAUGGAAUACCCUACUAAGUUCUUUUGUCACCACAGUCCCCUUGUCGUAGUCAACGGCCACGACGAGGGGACUGCACUAUAUAGGGAAUAGUGUGUCGUUUAGGACGCAGACUGAGAAAUGUUUCUACCCACGUCCCUCCCAGGUGUCACCACAACGGAAGGACAAUUUGAACUAAAUGUGCCAUGAUUUAUAUGCAUAUAUACACCAUGACUGAUAGGGAACGCUGUGUUGAAGUCACGUGCCUACAACUUGGCACUACCCAACCGUUGUCAAAAUGUUGGAAGCUAAAGAAAUGCAUUAAUGUCUACAUUUGUUUUUGCCACACUUAUUUUAUUAGACACCUUAAUGCAUACCUUUAAAUUGUGAGAUAAAAAUGUAAAACAGA